UUGGUUCUGCUGCAGCGGAGAGAAACAUGACAUGGGGAUGAGCGAGAGAGAGGGAGUGAGUGACACAGCCUGAUAGGAAUAAACGGCUCGUCAGAGGUCUGGACUCCAAACGCUAUGAUGGGGAGCCAUGACUGAAGGCAGAACGGAUUCUCUUCUUUGCAUCCCCAGUGUCUUCCUUUCCUCUGCUGCCUCUGAAGUCAUGGAUUAGCCCACCGUCUGGUCCUGGCAGUUCUGUGGGUCAUCAGAUGGCUUCUCAACAACCCUCAGCGAAAAUACAGAAUAUGAGAACGUGAAGGCUGGCGUCCACCAAGGCCACCGCUGCACCUUGGGCAGCACACACACAUGAUCACAUGACUCUGGACAUGGAUGCGGUCCUGUCAGACUUUGUUCGGUCCACCGGGGCAGAACCAGGUCUGGCAAGAGACCUGCUGGAAGGUAAAAACUGGGACCUCAGUGCUGCUCUAAAUGACUACGAAGAGCUCAGACAGGUCCACACUGCCAACCUGCCGCAGGUCUUUAACGAGGGCCGCUAUUACAAACAGCCAGAGACGCGUGACACGCCCACCCAUGUCAGCAAGAUCGACAGACCGUGUGCACAGAAGCAGGAGGACAAUGCACAAGAGAAGCGUCUCUCGCGUGGAAUCUCCCAUGCCAGCUCUGCUAUCGUCUCCCUGGCACGGUUGCAGGUGGCUAGUGAGUGUACCAGCGAGCAGUUCCCUCUUGAGAUGCCCAUUUACACAUUCCAGCUACCGGACCUCAGCGUCUACAGCGAAGACUUUAGGAGCUUCAUAGAAAGAGAUCUGAUAGAGCAGUCAACCAUGAUGGCUUUGGAGCAGGCUGGUCGUCUGAACUGGUGGUCUACAAUGUGCACCAGCUGCAAGAAGCUGCUCCCUCUGGCCACCACAGGGGAUGGGAACUGCCUCCUGCAUGCUGCCUCGUUGGGGAUGUGGGGCUUCCAUGACAGAGACCUGAUGCUGAGGAAGUCUCUGUACACCAUGAUGAAGAGCGGAGCGGAGAGAGACGCUCUGAAGAGGAGAUGGAGGUGGCAGCAGACGCAACAGAACAAGGAGUCGGGGCUGGUGUACACCGAAGAGGAGUGGGAGAAAGAGUGGAACGAACUGCUAAAGUUGGCCUCCAGCGAGCCUCGAACUCACCUCAGCAAAAACGGGAACACCAGUGGAGGGGUGGAUAACUCAGAGGAUCCGGUCUAUGAGAGUCUGGAGGAGUUCCAUGUGUUUGUGCUGGCCCACGUGCUACGCAGGCCAAUUGUAGUGGUGGCUGAUACAAUGCUCAGAGACUCGGGAGGAGAAGCGUUUGCUCCCAUCCCGUUUGGAGGGCUCUAUCUGCCCCUCGAGGUGCCCCCGAGCCGCUGUCACUGCUCCCCACUGGUCCUGGCCUACGAUCAGGCGCACUUCUCCGCACUGGUGUCCAUGGAGCAGAGAGACCAGCAGCGCGAGCAAGCUGUUAUCCCUCUGACCGACUCGGAGCACAAGCUGCUGGCACUCCAUUUUGCCGUGGACCCCGGCAGGGAUUGGGAGUGGGGGAGGGACGACAAUGAUAAUGCCAAGCUAGCCAAUCUCAUCUUGUCUCUGGAGGCCAAACUAAACCUGCUGCACAACUACAUGAAUGUAACAUGGAUCCGAAUUCCAUCUGAAACAAGGGCUCCCCUUGCUCAGCCAGAGUCUCCCACAGCCUCCGCAGGUGAGGAUGUCCAGUCUCUGGCCGAGUCCAUGGACUCUGACCGCGAGUCUGUCGGCAGCAACUCUAACGUCAACACUGGCAAGCCAAGCAAGGAGAAGGAUAAAGAUAAGCAGCGAAAAGACAAAGACAAGAGCCGGGCCGACUCUGUAGCCAACAAACUAGGUAGCUUCAGCAAAACCCUUGGAAUCAAGCUGAAGAAGAACAUGGGAGGUCUGGGUGGCCUUGUUCAUGGCAAAAUGAACAAAUCUAACUCUGGCUCAGGUCGCAGUGGGGAGAACGGAGGGGAAAAGGCAAAGAAAAAGGAGUCUAAGUCAACCAAGGGAAGCAAGGAGGACUCGGGCCAGUCUGCAAGCUCCACUUCUUCUGAGAAGGCCACUAGUCCUUCCCCUACGGACAGAGACAGACCCUCCAGCUCCUCGCCCACUGAGAGACAGGACAGUGCAGGUAAAGGCUCAGGGGACAAGACCCUGGAAAACUGGAAAUACAGCACUGAUGUCAAGCUCAGCCUCAACAUCCUACGGGCUGCCAUGCAGGGGGAGCGUAAGUUCAUUUUUGCAGGACUCCUGCUCACCAGCCAUCGACACCAGUUCCACGAAGAGAUGAUCAGCUACUACUUGACAAACGCCCAGGAGCGCUUCAGCCAGGAGCAGGACCAGAAAAGGAAGGAGGCCGAAAAGAAGCCCGCUGUCACCAAUGAGGUAGCUGUCAAGAAGCCUGAGCAUGAGAGUGUCUUCCAGAGGGAGAGAUCAGACAGCUCACCUCCGGAGAGCUGCUCUCCCAUCCUGCCUCACCACACACACCCCUAUAACAACUCCCAGCCCCCGCUGGGUCUCAAGAUGCAGGGCAGGAACAGUCCCACUCCCGCGGCGCCUCUUGCCUCUGUCCCGGCCCCUCCUCUCACCCCACCUCCAGCCUUGCACCAUGUCUCGCACCCGGCCCCAACCCCUGCGCCUUACUCCUCCCCCAGUAUUGGUGCUAAGAGACCUGGGCCUGUUCCUGUGUCUGCCCACUACAGCCAUACACCUCCCAUCCAGAGGCACAGCGUGAUCCACUUACAAGAUGUCAACAUGCAAUCCUCCAUCUUCCAAGAUGACCCCUACAAGCCUGUGGUGGGCACUCUAAAGACAUGCGCCACCUACCCCCAGCAGAACCGCACACUUUCAUCCCAGAGUUACAGCCCUGCUCGCCUGUCAGGGGUCCGCACUGUUAACACCAUAGAUUCGCUGUCCUACAAUAUGCCUGGUGAACACAAGUCCCACACCUACACCAAUGGAUUCGAUGCGGGAGACAUUCAGGACUGCCUUGAGUUUGCCGAUGAGGACAACUCAUCUCACACCUGGCUCAACCAAGAUAAAACCAAAGGGCGGAGCUCUGGAAGCCCUUUGUACUGCUUUCAGCAGCGCCGCUGCAAGAGGGAGAACUGCUCCUUCUACGGUAGGCCAGAGACAGACAACUACUGCUCCUACUGCUACAGAGAGGAGGUGAAACGCAGGGAGAGGGAGAGCAAAAUGCAGAGGCCUGUAUAGCCAUCACCGCUACUUCAGCUUGUCAACAAGUCUGCAGGAGACCUGAGGGAACAACACCAUCUGCACUCUGCAUUUAGAAUAACAUGAUGGCAAACAUUAUCCUGUUUUGUUGAAGAAUGCUUGUGUAUUCCCGUCGCCCUUCCCUUGUUAGUAAAGGUUAUUACUUUAUGAUGGGGGAAGCAGAACUUGAAACAGUGAGCAGCUUUGGCCAGAUAUUGUAGUUUUGUUUGACUUCUGUCUCAUUCAAUUUAGUCUUUUACUUGUUUUAGAGUAAAAGUCAUCUCUGUGAUGUAACUUUCUGUAUGUGGAAAGGAAAUUUCUUUAUUUUUCAAAGUGCAGAACAUUUGCAUCUCGUCAGGAAGGAACAUUUUAUCUCUUUUAAUCAGUUUGAAUGCAAUACCUCUGCUCGGUUCUUCAAAAUCUCUGUGGAAAAAAAAAAUUUGUAGUUGUUUUGCAAUCAAUAUAAAUCUAAUGAGGGAAUAAUAUUAGAAUUUCAAGCAAUAAAUUGGUGAUUCUUUUGCUACACCCUCUCUCAAUUUUGUCUAUGCACCAAUAAUAUAGUUACUGUAGGUUAACUGUGUCUUGUACAUUGUAAAAGAUCGUCAGUGUGCUUUUGUAAACCAAUUUGAACUACAGGAAUUGAAAUGUGUAAGCAUUCUAGAUUGUAAUGUCGGAUUAGGAUGAAAUGUAAAACUCUCAUAUGUGAAGUGUACCUUUGUUCUAGCCAAGUUGCAAAGGUUUGCCGUUUCGGAAUUGGACUCAAACUAUUGUGUAAGACAUUGUUUCACAUUUUUGCCCGUAGUCAACCUCCUAAAAGUCCACAAGCACUGCCAAACUGGCUUCUUAAAAGAAAAGAAAAAAGUACAGUUCAGAUUUUCAAAAUGUUUCUUUUUUUGUGCCAAACACUGAACAAUGUGCAUAGGAUGAUUUGCUUCUCAAAUAUGCAGUGCUUAUGGUGUGUUUCUCUGAGUUGCUGUUGACUGCGCUACUUGGUAAAUGUGUUAGAUGAGAAGAACUGCGGGUAGUGAGAGCAGGUCGAUGUGUGUUUGUCUGAAGUGUUUUUACAUGUCCGUUGCCCCCGACACACACACACACACACACAACACAACACAAUGUGCAAUCAUGCUACUAGCACUAUGUGGUGACAUGCAGUAUAGAUGUGUCACCGGUCCAGUGUGCGAUUGUUCUUCUUCCAUAUCUAGAGGCCGUUAAAAAGAAGCACCUGCUGCUAUGAGCACCACAAGCCUUUGUGAUCAUCAGUGCUUUAACCAAUCAGAGGGGCUUUUCCAAAAAAAACAAAACCCAACAAAAAAAGAAACCCCAGGCCUCCAAGUGCUUUCUGCUCAUUUGACAUGACUACUGUAAAGACGCAGUGUUUGUGUUGCUGUUUGUUCUGGUGAUGCUUGGAUAAUGUACCAUGCUGUCCUUAACUUAGUGUGUCCUGGCCAAGGAUGUCCACUGCUCUCUCAGUUUGCUUCUGUCUCUCUCCUGUACACACUGCAGUGUUGCUCCUCUUUGUUUCUAUGUGACGACUAGUUCAUGGACUCUCCACCAUGUUUAGGACUGUAAGAUAUGAUUUUGUAUUUCUUUAAGAGUUUUACACUACUUUAAAUUAUUGAUUUGCACAUUAGGUACGAAUGUAAAUAUGAGAAAAAGAAUAGUUUAUUGUUACAAAUGUGGUGUGUCUGUGUUAUUUUUGUUUAGCAUCCAAAAAGUGAUCGGGAGAAAUCUGGACGGAUAAAUUACAUUUUGAGACUUAAGAAUAUUUUUAUUCACUGCUGCGUUCAAGUUUGGAGUCAUGUGUGAGAAUCUGCUCUACAUGCAGUUAAUGCUUGCUUUGUUUUUACCUUUUGGUCCUCUUUCUAGAGGCAUAAAAGCAGGGGAUGUUUGGUUUGGUUCCCUUUUAUCAUUUAAACUGUUCCAGAUUUAUCCUGCCAUAAUCACUGCUUAGAAUUACCAAAACAUCCCUAAACUGGUAGAUGAGCAUAUUAGUGCUACAGUCCUAAGAAAACCUAUGAUUCACUUUUAGCAGCAAUAAUUUCUGUGUGAUUUUAUCAGUCUGUCACAUCACUGUGGAAGAAUUCUUUUCCAAAUCUUCAUUUCAAGGUUUGCUUCGAGGUUUGCAUUUGUCAGGUUGAGUUUUUUCUUCAGCCAUCCUGUUGCAGAUUUACUGCUGUGCUUUGGGAUCUUGCAAGUAUUAUGCUGGGGCAUGCAACAUCCUGUUGCACAAUCCAGUUCUAGCCGCACUUUGGCUGUCAGACAGAAGGCCUUACAUUAAACUCUUGAAUACUUUGGUACAUAGAGGAGUUUGUGGUCAACUUAGUGACUGCCCGAGUCCUGUGACUGCAAAAACGAGUUCAAACCAUCACCCAUCCUCCACCGUGCUUGACAGAUGAUGUGAGGUUUUCGUGCCAAUACGCUGUCUUUGCCAAACAUCUCUGCUUUGGUCUCCUCUCUAAAGCGUAACUUUCCAGAAGGUAUUUUUAAAGCUCUUUAGCAACUACUCAAUACAAGUCAUACUUGUUCAGUCUUUUUCUGAUUAUACUGUUUAACGUGCUAAUGAAGGCCUGUAGAGUCAGAGGUGUUUUUUUGUUGUUUCUCUGAGCAUUGCGCUCUCUGAAUUUCUCGGGACAUCCACUCCCAGGACGCCAUGCAACUGUCUUGAAUGUUUUCUACUUGUGAAUACUCUUUCUCAGUGAAAAAUGAUGGACUUCAGCUAGUUUGCUCUUAUAACCUUUCCCAGACCGAUGGGCAGAAACGAAUGCUUCUUUGAGAUCGUUGUUCUUUCUUCCUCUCCAUUGCGUUAACUCGCACCUAAAUGCUCCCGACCAACAAACUGCCAAACCUUUAGCGCUUAUAGAGGUGCUCACACUUACUGAUGCUUAGUUAAUCAAAUACAUUUGUUUAGCAGCACAUGACUUCUACUUUUACCCUCUGAAUUCCUAUGGAAGCAGCAAGGAUGCACUUAGUUUUUCAAAAGCCUUUUUUCACAUAAGAAUUGCACUUGACCGACUGAAGAUACGAUAUAUCAGUUUUCCAAAUAAAGGUGAGUUAAACAGUUUCUCAAUUACAGAUUAACUGAUGAGAGAGGGAGAUAUAGGACACAAAGUAUCCUACACUGAACAGUUCAGUUCACUUUUGUCAGAGCUGACCAGUGAUAUUAUAUGUGGGUUUUAUGUCUCAAUAUUAGAUAUAAUUUAGAUAAUACUUUAAAGUAACUGCGCAGAAUUUGUAUCUGAAGGUUUCACCUUGGCAAGUGGGGAGACUUGAUUUCUACAAGAACAAGAGUAAAAUAUUAUUAUUAAAUAUAUUGU